CAAAAAUGUUUUAUUUUCAAAAGCUGCACUUUGUAACAAAGUGGGAAAAAAUACAGUUUGGUAUGUAGCAAAUUGAUCUAAUUUGCUGAUUAUGGCGAAAACCUCGAGUUCGAACGAAUUCGAAGGGCAGAUUUUACGGUCUACGAAAUACACAUGGAAACUUGGACGUUGUGUGGGACGUGGAACGUGUAGUGUGGUUGUUGAGGCUGUUGGAUCGUUUGUUUCUAGCACCAUGCACAGGAGACCUCAGGACAUUAAAGCAGCCGUUAAAAUUUUCAAACAAGCACAACGUUUUGAAGCUGCUGGUGUUAACGAAAUAGAAAUUCUAGAGUACUUGCGUCGUAGAGGAGAAUUAACCAAGUGCAAGUGUUGUCAUAUAGGUGAGAGUACUAAUGAAGAUAGUGAAAAUGUCUUAUGUUUUAAAAAAUUUGUAUUAGUUCCCCUUUUCUCUUAAUUUUCUCAGCUGAUUGGGGGUGGGGUUGGGGAUGGGUUGGCAUGGGGGGUCUGCGAGACUGUCAAGGGAAGGGAUAAUAGAUGACGUCAUAAUGCACGAAAUAUGACAUCAUUUGUGCAAAAAACAUGCAAAAAGGAUGUUGUUGGAAUUGUAACAUUUGUACCUGACUGGUUUACUUCCCACCAAUCACAAUAUUACUUAUACUAGGUAUACCUAUCGAUAGAGUGCCAACGAGCAAAUCAUGCGUAUUUUGCUUAGGAAUAAAAUUCCUUUUUUUUCCCAUCUGACCGUUUCUUGGUCCCUUCCUGUUGCAAGGAUUAUUUUCUUGAAAAGUUCUCAGAUUCAGUCUGGUGGCUUUACAAACCUGCUAUGUAAAAGUGUGAAGUGCCUUGAAAGAAUAAAGUCAGCUUUGCAGAGGAAGCGAUCGGGAAUAUUAUUAAGUCCAGCUACAAAUCUACUGUCGGUUCAGUUUCACAUUGUUGAUAAAUAUUUGCACAGUUUAAUCAUUUAAACCUCCUUUCAAAUUUCCCGAGGCUUUUUGAUAUCGGAUUGAAACUUAGAAUGAUUCGCUGGGCCAUCUGAAAUGUUUCCAAGGACAUGCGAUGUACGGCACGUCGGUAUUUAAUUUUAGUUCAUUAUUUUUAUACUGAACUCGGCCAGGUUUCCAAAAAAAAUGGCGUUGUUUUCUUUUCCUUUGUCGUUCGCUUUAGGCUUGUAAUUCGUUUUUGUUCUCAUUGUUUUUGUUUGCUGGUUAGAUUUUUCCCCAACACCAGACUUUCCAACAGAAGCGACUGCAUUCUUCGUGUCAAGCUUUCCUUAUCUCCUCGUGUAAUCUGAUCCUUUUUAGUGGUGAGAAUAUUGCUUGCUGCACAUAGAACACUUUUGCCAUUUUACAAACUUCUCUUCGUUAAAACUUAACAUUAUGGGCCCUAAAAUUAAUAGAAUAUAUCAAGUGCUCAUGUCUCUUGACUGCGGUGGCCGGGUUUGACGAAAAAAUUUAGGUCAAUAAACACAGGAGAUCACGAUGGCUGGAAGUGUGUGAAAUUUUGUUUGUUAUUCAACUUGAGCCCGUGCGCCAGGUACUGCCUUUUGAUUGGUUCGCAACUGACCACUUGGUCUCAGGGGAACCUACAUUACAUUGGGUUACACUUUUUUCAGCUCGAUUGAGAAUUUUUCUGCCUAUUGCCCAGUCUUACGCGGCUCUAUCCUGCUGCCACCUCGCCAUCCGAGCGUCUUCGCUCGGAUGGCUCGUUGGCAAUUACAAUGGCAUACUGGGGUUUCUGAGGAAAUGUUCGAUGUUAAACAUUAAAUAGCUCAAACAACGCAAAAUAUUUGAAAUUUCAUUGACAGAAAGUCGCAUCUACAAGAAAUUGCAAACUUCGGCAAUUAUCCAGGAGACUUCAGACCCUAAUCUGGAGACCGGGAGAAACUGUUCAAAAUCGGGAGUCUCCUGGAUUAUCCGAGAGAGUUGACAGCACUGGGUCUGGGGGGAGAGGGAGAAGAAAUGCUUGCUUUCAUGUCUCAGGAAUUUAAAUUUCUGCAUCUAAAAAGUCAGUGCAAAAUGCUGAUCGGUGUUAAUUACAUUUGGGAUCGUGGCUACAAGAUAGAAAUGCAUGGAGGAAAGAGAGAUUCCAUUUGCGAAGACUGCAAAGAAGUUUUGGGAUUUUUGGUAAUGUAUGCUUUAAUAGACCAUUUUACAGUUAUGGGCUUAGUAUCCUAGCCUUUGAGGAAUGUGAGGCUGAGGUUGACCUUGCUUUGACACAAACCUCUUUUCUUUUCUGAUGGAAAUUAUGCUUUAAAAAUACUAGUCAGCAUAAGAACAACAUGAUUUGCAUAAUAAAGCAGGAAGGGUUGUAUCAAAACAAGGUCAACUCCAGCCUCGUUUUCACCUGUAACUGUAAAAUGGGCUAUUUGAGACCCAAAGAAACUUAACUGCCAUUGUUUAAGUCUAAGAUUCAUCAGCUUCUACACUGCUAGAAGAUAAACUGCUUCUCUUAAUCAGUUACAAUAUAUUUACCUCAUACACAGGACUGUCACCAAGAUUUCAAGGUGGCAGCUGUGUGCAUUAAAUAGUUGGUGAAGAAUUGAACAGAUAAGAAUUUCUCUGGCUCUAUUUUGUACUUUUUUUCUCAUGAAAGUAGCUCCAGGUUAUGCUAGUUGUAGCCAUGGGGGAAAAUCCUCAGCCAUCAGUCCUUUGCGACAACCCUGAUCAUACGCAUUUAUUGAAUUCUGUCCCACUGCCAUUUAUCAUGCUCCAAGUGAGUCUAACGCACAAUGACUCAUACCAGCCCAUGUUUGUGGACCAUGCCUGCCUGUGGGAGAAGAAUUUGAUCUGUUAAAGUCUUAACUGACACAUUUGCAAAAAAGAUAUCAUAAAGCAAAGUCAAGUCUAGCCAUGGUGACCCAGUUUAAAAUUUGGAAAAUAAAGCAGUAAAGAUAAGUUGGAGGUUGGAAUGUGCUUGGAAAUCUUUCAGAUCUUUUCAUGCAGUUAUGAUCAGGUCUUUUACAAAAAAUCUUGGCACUUGCUCUCAUGAUGAAAAGCUCAUCCCUAUAACUAAAAAAAGAUUUGGCAUGUAUCAGAUCACAAUGGAUGAAUUUUCGUUCAGAUGAAAACUCAUGCGCUUAGGUGUUCAGUUCAUGUGGAACCACCCUAACCGAAUUAAGAUCCUAGAUGCCCAACUGUUCAAAAUUUGAAUGCCAAAAUCAAGGUCAAAUUUUAAGCCAUUACAAUUGAAAAUUUGACUGGCACGGUGUGAACCCUAUUACUGUCUAAAUUUUUGUCCUUUAAGGGCAUGGUUGCAUGGAUGCAUGGUAACUCAGCUGGGAGUCACUAUUUGUGAUUUGCUAAAGUACGGUAGCAAUAGGGCCAUUUAUACGAGGAAAAAUAAAAAUUGUCUUAAAUAAGAGAAUAUUUUUCUUUAUGAGGGUAAUCUAAGGUGAGAACAGCUUGUAUAAAUGGUUCACCCUUAUUUCUGUUCAAACUUGUUUUCAUGUGAAUGUUGUUUUCUAAUCCAGCUAGAACAAAGAUUAACAUUGCAUGGAGGGGAUGGGGAGGAAGGUCAUUUAUCUGAAAGUUUUUUUUUUCUUAGCUCCUUAUUAAGAACAGGUGUUAAUAAAAUAAGACGCGUCUUAGUAAGUCGCGCCUUAAAAAGCCCGUUUAUAUGGAAAGUUUGCGUCUUAUUUAAGAUGUGUCCUAUGUAAGACGCGUCUUAUUUUUCCUCGUAUAAAUGGCCCUAAUCUGUGCAUGGCCAGAUGGUAAAACCACUGACAAUGAGAAUGGUGACAUGGUGUUGUCAAUUCAUCUUUGUUAUUGUAAUUUUUUUUAUUUUUCUUUACUUUUCAGCAUGUUUGAUAGAUUACUUCUCCUUCAAAGGUGUGAUGCACUUGGUAUUUGACAGGCUUGAUUGCAACCUUCAUCACAUCUUACUGAAGAACUCAAACAAAGGUCUUCCUCUUUACAUUGUCAAGGAAUGUGCAAGGCAUAUUUUAGAAGCCCUGAGAUUUUUAGCUGCAAAUAUGGUUGUUCAUGGUGAUGUCAAGAUGUCCAAUAUUAUGUGGAAUGCAAACAGAGGACUUUUUCAACUUGUAGACUUUGCUCUGAGCUUUGAAAAGGAAAAUCAAGUAAGAUAGAUUACUUAAAUCUUUUCAGAUUUAGUGGUUUACAUCAUUUUACCAGUAAUAUGCUUCAUAAAAGUUUUUUAUCUACAUAUCAGCUGUUAUAUUAACAGUAUGAGUAAUACUUUAAAUAUGCUGUAAAUUGUUGCUGCGAAGCCCUUGGCUUGUACAUCUUUGUUUGGGUUUUAGGAGGGGCUUAUAUCUAAGGGGGAUUAUAACCAAUGUCCGAUCUCAAAUGUUCAUCAAGAGUCAACUAAACAGAGUAAGGAAAUGCAGGGACCAAAUCUAGGUGUUCGUUUUAGCAAGGUGUCUGUCUUAUAGAGGUGUCCGUUCAGAGAGAGUUUAAUGUGUAUUUUUUGAUCUCAAAUGCAAUCGAAAAAAUAAAGAAAAUAUAAAUAAAGCAACAUAUGAUAAUGAUGUUAAGUGGAAAAAAAAAUGGUCCUUUGUCUACCAUUCUGGACUGAAUUGGAAUUUGGGAUUUGUCAUAUUCCCAGUUGAACAAGUUUUUGAAAGACCUUAUCCACGCAUGCCAUCAUGUUAGACCUUCAAAGUUUUCAGAAGUAAUUAACACUCAAUACAGAAUCCAUGAGGCAUCAGUAAUGAGUUUUUUGUUUGAAAAAAAUUAUACAGUAGUAAUGUUUAUAUCAGAAAAUAAGCCGCAAAUUUCAAUCUUUAGCCUUACCAGCCACUUCAGAGUGCUGGUUAUCAGAGCCCUGAGGCUGGAAUGUGGAACAGAAUGAUUAUUGAAGGCACUGCUGACAGAAGCAAUUCAGUGAGUAUAUGCUUACAUUUAUUCAAAACAGUUUGAAAUCAUAAUAUGAAUAUGGCACUGUCUAAUCAGGAGGAACAUAUAUGAACAAAAGAAAACCCAUUUAAACCCUUUUAUAGUGAAUGGCUUGACGUCACUUAUGAGUGAUUAACCCAUUUGCCCCUAAGAAUUUUGCUGAAAAACAUGCUUUGAAGUUAUUCAAGCCAUUUUCUGGUCACUGUCUGUCUAGAGCUAGAGCUAGAACUUACCACAAAGCCAUUUAAAACCUAGUGGCCUUCUGAUCCAGGUGCAAAAUAUUAGCUUGCAAAGUUUAGGCUUCAUUUUGGUGGGAAAAGCUUUUGGGAAAGCUUAAUAGGAUCUUAGGAUUAGAUGAAAGGAAAGGUAGGUGGGUAGUGGUUGGCCUCCAUGACUGAAUCGUGCUCAUUCCGGUAUGGUUUGAAAGAUCUCUGCCCCCUGCACAAGUUAGCUGACAAAGUUCUCCUUGACCCUUAAAACUGAUGAAAUCAUAAGCGGUAGGAGAGACAUGGAUCCCCACACAACGCGCUUGCGGACGGUUCAGGGGUGAAUGAGUCUAUCAAUAUUUUACAAAUAUUUGAUAAUUUUCAAAAAUUUUUAAUGAUAUGGUUUAUCACUAACAGUAGCCGUGUGCCAUUGCACUGCAUUUCAUUUUUGCUAGGGAUGCUGCUGUGCCAGUGAUAUGUGGAGUUUCGCCUUUGUGCUGUGGUACAUGUACACAGGGACCCCAGCAUGCAGAUAUGAAACAGGACAACCCAGUCUGUGACAACUGUUUAAAGGCAGAGGUACAUUGAAACCAUUCUCCUUUCAGCAGUUUUUUUACCUUCUUUUUUAGAUAAGGAAAAACAAAUUUGCAGUACUGAAAAGGUAUUUUAUCUGCUGGAAUGAUUACACCAGAAGAUUUUGAGCACAGCCUCAAAAAACACUUCAUACCAAACAAAUAGUACCAUGUGCAAGAACUACUGAAACGUUUUCAUUUAAUUUGUUACACCAUCAGAGACUCAAUAGUUAGAGCUACUGUACUUGAGUGGAAGUGAAUGGUUUUGAGGGUUAUAUUAAGAGUUGUUAAUGUGAUGAGCUCCCAGUUGGCUUAAGAGUUUAAUGGUAAGAGCACUGCACUGAUACCUCAGAGGUCAUGGGUUCAAAUUCCAUUCAAGACAGACAUUUUUCCAGCUUUCUUUUUGCAGCGGCUUAAUUAGCAUACAUUUUCAUGUUGUAAACUUAUAUUGAUAAGAAAUUUGCUCAGAGGGCAAUGUUAGAAGCUUACUGCGACCUGAUCGGCUCACUUUUGUUUUGUUUCUCUGAUGUAGGAAAGUCUUUGCCUUCAUUUCAAACAAAUUAAUACUCAAAUACCGAAUGAUGGAAGGAAGAUCACGACUGAACAAAAUGAGUUAUUUUAUGAUUUAAUCAUGAAGUGAGUAAGUAUCAUUAUUAAAAUAUAUUAUAAAGACAACCUGAAGUUCUUAAAAGUCCAACUGCUGGUACCCCUAGCUAAAACAAAGAAUAUUAUUUUCUAACUUUUUUAUGAAACCUUCUUCUUGCACGUGCGUAUUGUGUACUGUUUGCGCGAAACUGUUUGUUUUUUGCUGUUUGUAUAAACCUAUAAAUAACUACUAUGAUUUGUAUGACAGUUUGUACUUGCAGUAACAGAUUAUAUUUCAAUUUACGUUUUCGUACCACCUCUUUUAUCACUUGAAUGUAUUAGUUAGUUAGGUGGCUAGUUAGUUCCUAGUCUUGUCUUUUGUUGGGGAAAGGACAGCAAGUCUUCUCCACUCUAUCCAGUCGCUUGUCAGCAUUAUUAAAAAAUAAAUGCAUCGUCCCACGAGAUGUCUAGUGCCUUCAGAUCAUCUCUCACUGCGGUUCUCUAGGUUUUUUUUGGUCUGCACCUUUUACCCAAGCAAGUUUUAGUUGAUGAUAUCCUCAGUUCAGAAAGGGGGAAUCAGCUAAUGCGCAAUGCAGCUUCACUAAUAAACAUACGAAUGAACACAGCUAUCCCAGAAUAAAAAUUCAACAGCAAGUCCAGAGACUCAUCGGUGAUUGACAGGUUACCCCAACCAUGAGUAAUGGUGGAAUUCUACUGUCGCGUAUUUUUGUGAAAAUUUUACGCGCGUCAAUAAAGUAGAAGCAAUGUACAAAUGGCCGCGCGUAAAAGUGAAGUUGAACGAGGUUCAACUUAAAUGUGUACGCGCGGCUUUUCAUAAAUUGCGUCCAUUUUAUUUACGCGCGUAAAAAUUACGCUGGAGUGGAAUUCCACCUAAGUCUCACGGAGGUCUCCAAAGCUAUGAGCAAACGGACGCAUUAACUCCCAAAAUUGUUGGGAGUUGUUGCGUCCGUGUUGGCAGUGAUGUGCAAACAAAUGGAACAACUCUAAAAAAUGUUGGGACCUGCAGUGCAUUGUGGGAAGGAUACAACUCAUAAGACUUUGGAGACCAUGGGUAUUGCGCGUGCGUGGCCCCAACAAUGUUCAGGAAGAAUUGUAUAAACGGAUCCAACAUUUUCCCGCUACGCUUCGGCGAUCACGGAACAAAAGAAAUGUUGCGAGUUGUUGGCCAACAAGGUUGCGUAUUUUUUCACGGGGCUUAAAAGUUUGCGCUACAUUUAAAACAUCAGCAAGCUUUUUAUGGUAUUCAGAAAAAGUAACAAAUGACUAAUUUGUUUUCUUUAUUAGGAUGAUAAAAUGUAAACCAGAGGAAAGGAUAACGUCUUCUAAUGCUCUGCAACAUCUGUUUCUAGAGCCGUCUGCUGAGUUGCUUAUUCCUAGUUUGGCAGAUAUGAUGCUACUUCCGACCACCACCCUGCUAAUGGACAACGUCUAUUUACAACAUGGUGAAGAUCUCUUUUUUUUCUCAUACAGUUAAACCCUGUUAAUAGGAACACUGAGCAAAAUGUUGGUUUAAGGGAGGGGUAGGUGGGCAGUUUCCCAGAAACGUAUAAUCAUGAUCCGAAAUACGCUUUUAUUAUGUUUUUAUCUUAUUUCUAAUACUCAUUUCUUACUGUUAUAUUGUAUUGUUAGUUAAUCACUAGUCUUAAUUUUUAUAAAUUGUAAUUAUCACACGGCAUGUCUGAAAACCAGCUUGCUGAGCCAUUUACCGUGUUUAAAUAAAGUUGAUUGAUUGAUUGAUUGAUUGAUUGCUUCUGGGAAACUGCCCACAUACCCCUCCCCUAAGCCAACAUUAACGCUUACUUCUCACUUAGGGAAAAAUGUUGGCGUAGGGGAGGGGUAGGUGAGUAGUUUCCCAUCAUUCUCUCUUGGAAAAGUUUAAUGAUCCAUAUUUUCUCUAAAUUUAACCCUCUUAAUACGGACACCCUAUCAGUCCAAACACUUUCUAUGACCCCCUCAGUGUCCGUAUUAACAUGGUUUGACUGUAUUUGUUAGCCUGCCAAAGUGCGUGAUCAGAGUAGGUUUAUAGUGCCUUUCGCUGGCGGGGUCUCUUGUCAAAACAACGAGGGAAUUGAAUUUGUUUCGUCGUCCACAUUCCUUCAUUCAGUGAUAGUUUUUUCUUCCUUUUUUUGACCAGUUUUGCCGCUCAGAGAAAGGGAUGAUUUUAUACGGUUAAGUUAAGAAGAUAUGAUUGCAUCGUAUUUACAGAUUUUCAACACACAAAAUUAUAUCUUUUUCUAAAUUUCAAUUUCAAGAAAGCUGAGAAAAAAGGUUAACUUUUUCUGAUCAAGCACGGGAAACCGUCCCCUUCGAAAAUAUCACUACCUGACAGUUACUUUUGAAAACUUUCAAAUGUAAAACCACCCUCUCUUAACAAAACAUUAAUUAUCUGAAUCUGCUACGUUUUACUUUUGUAUAGCGGACUCUCUGAAGGACGUUGAGGAAAUGUGUGCAAGGUUUGGUGUUAUUCUACAAAUCACAAGAGGUUCAACUGAUGGGAAGGUAAUUAUGAAUAAAGUAAGACAAACAACCUCUGAAGAUUUAUAACAUGGAGCGGUGCAAAUGUCCGAAACAAAUAGCUUGAGUUGAACGCAAGCGACAGUUUGAUAGCUCCAUCUGGCAGGAAGUGGAAUUUUUGAGGUCGGUGCACUUCUUCACAUGCUAUUCGAAGAAAGGUUUUACCCAAAUUUAUAGAGCUUUGUAUAGAGAGGGGCACCAACAUGAUGGCUGGAAACCACUUGACAGAAACAUUUGUUUACAGUGGCGGAUCCAGGGAGGGGCCCGGGGACCUGGGCCUCCCCUUAUUUUUGGACCAAGCUGAGGCCCGAAGGGCCGAAAAAAUUUUUUUUGGGAGAUCGGCCCCCCUUCCUUAUCUGAGGGUCUGGAUGACCCCCAACCCCCGAUCCCAAGGUCUGGAUCCGGCACUAGUUUAUUACCGAGUUUUUGCCACGAAAGCGUGAAUUCAUCCCUCGAGGAACACAAAAACAUGAAAGUAAUGCUUUUCCUUUUACCAGAACUGUUCAGACUGUUCAGAUAGCAAAUUCCCCCUCACCAAAAAAUAUAUACGUCACUUUUUUAACUCUCGGCCGCCACGUAAAUGCCCUGUCACACGAAAGGUUUAUAGAAAUUCAAGCGAAGAACCCUUUCGAAGUGAAAAUCUUUUUAAAAUAUAAGUUUUUAGCUGCUCUAAAACAUGGCUUCAUGAAAGUAAAAACGUAGGAGGACAGAUAGUUCUUUUUUUUUUUGAAUUCUGUUGACGUCAAGUGAAAACCAGGAACUCACCAUUUUCACAUGAACCAUAACGCACCUUUUUACCUCCCAAAAAUUUGCAUCACCAUUGUUUUCGAUUUCUCUUGGGACGACUGUAAUACCUAGGAGAAACUGAAAACCACGAUUCUGCCAAAGUCUGGGGUCAAACAAGGUGCAUUACGGUAUAUGGUAAGUAACCAAUAAAACAAGCGAUAGAGUCUCCAAAACAGUCUCUUGGUGCUAUUGGACGCGCAGUCUGAGUUCAAACAAGGUGCAUUACGGUAUAUGGCAAAUAACCAAUAAAACAAGCGAUAGAGUCUUCAAAACAGUCUCUUGGUGCGAUUGGACGCGCAACCACAGAAUAGCCAAUAGGCUAAAAUUAGGUCUGUUCGUCCUCAGGUAUUGAUCCAAUACUUUGACGCAGAUGACUGCUCGCGGGCUCAUAGUGCUCUUACUGGGUGGAUAUACAAUGGCAGAACAGUCAUUACGUGCUUUUAUCUUUCUGGAAAAUCUAGUAUUCCGGGAAUUUUUACACCGGUUGAGCCCACACAGGAGAAAAUCCAUGACAACGAAAGUCCCGAUACCCUUGGGAAAAGAAGUGUUGAUUCAGAAAGUGAGUCUCCUGCGAAAGAUAAUGUCAAUUAGUAUAUACACACUCAGUGAUCUUGGUGAUUUAAGCAAUCUGAUUGGUUCGCUAUCUCGGACUAUUCAACAAUAUUCACCUCCUAGCGAGUGGAUAAUGUGUGAGCUCGGUGUUUUUCCCGUUUUUUUUAGAGAACGAUCUUUUAAAAGUCGACAAAAUCCUAGGGCUGACUUUUUUUAAGGCAAGAAAAGUUUUGGAAGGAUUCAAUACGGCGUUUUUCAAUUUACUGUAGCAGGAGUUUUGUGCUCGAUGGAUUGUUUACAACUCCCGUGUAUUCGCGUAGAAGAAGCCGUUUCGUGAACUCAGCGUUUUCUAAGAAGAAAAUUUUGGCUCAAAAAUCGAAGUUUAUUUAUGACAAACAAAUUUAAAAGGAAAUGUUUGCAGAAAUUCUACAUUUCAAGUAAACAGGAAAAAGAAUGAUACAGGAAGACGACCUCUUACCUCGAGCAACCGAGCCGCCAUUUUUGUCAGCACUUCAUGCGAAGAACGACACAACAUGCCCUUUUGGCUAUAAACUUGGCGAGUCAACAGAAAACAACACAGCUCUACUUUUUUUUCUCAGGUAAGGAAACAGUUCAAACUUUUAGCGAUUCCAUUGAAGCCAUUACGCUGUUGUUUGCGAAAUGAGUAAACUUGUGAAUUGCCAUGUUUGAAAAUUCUGCAAAGAUCUAUUUUUAAACUUACGCGUGAUUUGAUCUGUCAAUCAAAUCCUACUUUUGAAUGGUUUCCUUUCUGAUUUUGUUGAGAUCACUUCGUGUGUAUAUACUAAAACAAUUAUUCUUCUCAAUCUCGGUGAAUAGUGGCUUUGGGAAUAUUUACCUCGCCGCUUUCGCGGCUCGGUAAAUAUUUUGCCACUAUUCACCUCGAUUUCAAAGA